UGGUCUAUAGCUAACUUUUCUACAGAAAGUCAAACAUGAGCCAUGAAUCUCACAAUGGCACAAUGCAGUUCAAGGUACAGUUUACUCCUGAUGAAGAUGUCUUGGAACACAUCACUGAUAAACAAGGGAGUAAGACACAGAAUAACGCUGCAGCACAACGAAUUGUUGCUGUAAAGAACAUAAUUAAGAAUGUUGAUUUACACGUAGACGAGGUGACUUCAGAAUCUUGGAGGGAACAGAAUUACGUAGAUGUUUUAGGAGUGGAUAAAGAAGAUACUUUGAAUAAUGGACCUGGCACAGGUGGAGGGGAUGUGUAUUCUUUCUACACCAUCAAACGCUCUAACAAAAUGGCACAGCUUGCUACUGAAAUGGCCAGAACUCCAGCAAAGACAGUAAGCUUCUCUGUAUCAGACAGUUCAGAAGAAACAGUCAGCCCUCCUGCUAACAAACAUACUGCAAACAAAACUCCCUCUAAGGGGCGGAAAAAUGAAUUCAUAUCCACAACACCUCACAGGCUAAGGAAGCGGCUGUCAGCCCCCAAUCAGCAGUCUGAUAGUGAAAGUGAUUACUCUGCCUCCAACUCUGAUGAGGAGCUGGAAGACAAGUCUUCUGCAGCUAAAACACCAAGCAAAGUUUCCCAGACUCCCAGCAAGACACCAACAAAGAAAGGAAAGAAAACACCUGCCAGCAACCUAGUAGAAGAAUACUUUGAGGCACACAGCAGUUCAAAGGUUCUCACAUCAGACAGAACUUUGCAGAGGCUUCAGACACCAAAAUUAGACCAGGAAACCCUUCGGAAGCUUCUUGAUCAAACUCCUUUAGCAUUUGCUGGUGAACUGUGCAGAAUGAGUGUGCAGCAUGAGGCUCUGUUCUACAAAUGGAUGCUGCAGCUGCACUUGGGGUUCAAUAUUAUCCUCUUUGGCCUUGGCUCCAAACAAAACUUGAUUGAGAAGUUUCGUACAUCUCUGCUUCAGGAUUCCCUUAAUAUCGUUGUUAAUGGAUUUUUCCCUAGUAUUACAGUGAAAUCUAUUCUAAACUCCAUCACAGAGGAAGCAUUAGGUCAUCCUGGAACAUUUCGGAGCCCUUUAGAUCAAAUGGACUUUAUUUUACAGAGAUUUAAAGAAGAUCCCUCACUAGAACUUUAUCUUCUUAUUCAUAACCUGGACAGCCAGAUGUUACGAGGGGAAAAAUGUCAGCAGGUCCUUGGUCAAUUGGCUUCUAUUCCUAACUUUCACCUUCUUGCUUCUGUAGACCACAUAAAUGCUCCUCUUAUGUGGGAUCAGUCAAAGCAAAGUUUAUAUAAUUGGCUGUGGUAUGAAACAACCACUUUCAACUCGUAUGUAGAAGAGACAUCAUAUGAGAAUUCACUUCUUGUAAAACGGUCUGGAGCAUUAGCCCUGAGUUCUCUCACUCAUGUACUCCGCAGCUUGACUCCCAAUGCCAGGGGUAUUUUCCGGCUAUUGGCAGAGUAUCAGUUGGCCAACAAGGACAACCCUUCAUAUACAGGUCUUUCAUUUCAGGAUUUUUAUCAACAAUGUCGAGAAGCAUUCCUUGUCAACAGUGACCUAACACUAAGGGCUCAGCUUACAGAAUUCCGAGACCACAAACUCAUCAGGACAAAAAAAGGUGUGGAUGGAGUGGAGUAUUUACUCAUUCCUUUAGACUUGGGAACCUUGACAGAUUUCUUGGAGAUGGAAGACAAAGACACUUGAUCAUUAUCUGCCUGUCGUCUGAAUGACUGAACAUAAAUAUUUCUGUGAAAACAAAGUUUUAAAGGGAUCCAAGGUGAAAAUAAGUGAUUGUGGAUAAGCACCCCUUGAGCCAUAUGUUGAAAAGAGAGACUAUUUGGAAUACAAUAUUCUAUUAGAGAGUUGGUUGUAUUACUUAUACUUGAUUUGAUAUUGACCCAGCAGCUGAAGAUUCUAUCUCUUGGCUGUGUAAGUAAAACCUUUUUAUAAGACUAGUAACUUAAUGAAGUCCAAUAAAUAAGUUAAACAUUUUCAACUAUUAA